AUGGGUACUGGAAAUGGUAAGGACGAGGUUUCGAGCGGUGUCUCGAGCACUGCUUCAGGUGCUACUACUGGUGAGAACGAGACCAGUGUAAAAGGCUCGAACGUUAGUGGAAGAGCUUGGAAAGUGGACAAAGGUCAGUUCAGAGUGGGCAGCCGACAGGUUAAGAACAAGAAACUGAACUCGUGGGAGGUCAAGAAGCAAAAAAUGCUCGAGGAUAAGCAGUUCAAACAGAAGUUGAAAGAGUUGAAGGAGGAGAAGGACCAGGCGCGCAAGGACAAGAUCCAGGCUUUGAAGGAACGCAGAGAGAAGAAGGAAGAACAGGAACGGUACGCGGCUUUGGCCACCAAGAUGCACGCCAAAAAGGUGGACCGUUUGAGACGCCGUGAGAAGCGCAACAAGGCUCUGAAGGAGCGCUGA